UGCUUCUCCCCCACGCUCCGGUCCCGGAUCUCCAAGAGCCGUUUUCGUUAUGACAUGGAGCAAAGAGUGUGGCUACUGAGAGAAUAAUUUCCAAAAACAAUGGGCGGGAAAACUGACCUAGGAUAUUAUUCCCGGCCAACCUAAGCGGCAGGAAACCGGAAGUGCGCGUUGCGCGCGGCUCUUUUGAGACCUAAAACUGAGGCUGAGCGCGAAGAAAAUGGAUCGGUACUUGCUGCUCGUCACCUGGAGGGAAGGAAAGUGUCGAUCGGUGGCUGGUAGGGAGAGCCAACCCGGGACUGAGGCGGCGUCCCUGGAGAGCACCGAGAAACAGCCUCACUUGACAGCAUCCAGUAUUUAUCACCUCUUGAAGAAAACCAUCCACGAUUCAGUCCAUCCAGAUGAUAGCACAUUUCCUGCUUGUUCAGUGGGUGGCACACCUCAUCCCAGGAAGUGGUUCUUUGCCGUGCAAGCAAUAUGCGGAUUUUAUCAGUUUUGUAGUUCUGAUUGGCAAGAGAUACAUUUUGAUGCUGAAAAAGAUAAAAUAGAAGAUGUUCUUCAAGCAAACAUAGAAGAAUGUCAGAGUGCUGCUGAGUGUUUUGAAGAAGAUGACAGUAACAGCAGGGAGUCCCUGUCCUGGGCUGACCUAUAUGAAGAAUCAGCAGAAAAUUUGCAUCAGUUAUCAGACAAGCUUCCUGCUCCUGGUAGAGCCAUGUUAGACAUAAUACUCUUGCCUUCUGACAAAGAUCCUCCUACACUGAAAGAGUGCUUGCCCACUGUAGGGGCACUGAAACAUCUGAAGGAGUGGCAUUCAGCCAAAGUUAUCAUCGCAGGAAAUCACUGUGAAAUUAAUUGUCAGAAAAUUGCAGAAUACCUUUCAGCAAAUGUUGUACCUUUUGAGGAGUUCCGAAAUGCCAUUGACUCAAGGGAAUUGUGGAGGGGAGAGAUUCAGAUACGGGAAAGAAAGUUUGGAUUUGAAAUUAGUUUUCCUGAAUUUUGUUUAAAGGGAGUUGUACCUACGAGUGUUAGUACAUGUAAGUUACAUACCUGCUUUCUUGCCAAAAAGAUAGCACCAUCGAAGGAUAAGAACAUUCUGCCUAAGGUUUUCCAUUAUUAUGGUCCUGCUUUAGAAUUUGUGCAGAUGAUAAAAUUAUCAGACCUCCCCUCCUGUUACAUGUCUGACAUGGAAUUCGACUUAGAGGUGACCAGAAACUGCACAAGGCAGAAUUCCAUGCUGCUGUUGGAACAGCUGUCUUCUCUGUGUGGCAAGGUUGGUGCUCUUUUUGUAUUGCCAUGUACUGUUAGUAACGUACUCAUCCCACCUCCCAGCCAACUGGCUUCAAGAAAGUGGAAGGAAUACAUAGCUAAAAGGCCCAAGACAAUCAGUGUUCCAGAUGUGGACGUGAAAGGCGAGUACUCCAGCUAUUACCUCCUGUUGCAAGGCGAUGGCAGGACCAAGUGCAGGGCCACGCUGCUUCACUCGGCCAACCAGAUCAACGGCUCCUUUGCACUCCGUUUCAUUCACGGAAGGAUGAAAACAAAGACCGAGGAAGCCAAGUGCAGUAAACCAUUUGAUUGGAAAACCAUCAGGUGUUUUACACAGGCACCAGUAAUCCAGCCUUACAGAGUUAAACAAAUGUGCAGUGUCCUGUGGUUAAUUGUGUCUGUUUGUCCUGCAGAAAGAAGGAAGGCUGCAGGUCAGCCCGAAGCAGUCUCUACUGAUGAACUCAAGAGUUUGUUGGUGCUCACAAGGGAUCGCUUCCUGGGUCAUUUUGAUGCUAUCACCCCUAAAGUGAUUUUAACACAGACAGACAAAAUGAAAGCUGCUGGUAUGGUAAAUGACACCAGUACAACUGAACCUUGUUCUUCGAGUCUAAUGAAAACCAACCCCCUGGAAUGGCCAGAAAGACACGUUCUUCAGAAUUUAGAAACUUUUGAAAAAGCUAAACAAAAAAUGAGAGCUGCCUCAUUGCCUCGGUCAUCUGAACGGUUGCUGGGCCAGAAAGAGGGUCCCCGGGACUCAAUCCCAUUAUUGGAUGCUAAAGAACUGCUGAAAUAUUUCACCUCGGAUGGAUUACCAGUUGGAGAUCUGCAGCCAUUACAGAUUCAAAGAGGGGAAAAAACUUUGCUUUUGACACCGGAACUUAGUCCCCGGAAACUUCAGGUCUUACCUUUUGAAAAAGCCUCCGAAUGCCAUUACCAUGGGAUUGAAUACUGCUUGGAUGACCAAAAAGCUUUAGAAAGAGAUGGGGGAUUUUCUGAACUUCAGUCUCGCCUGAUUCGUUAUGAGACCCAGACCACCUGCACCAGGGACAGCCUUCCCAUCCCCACUGUGUUGAGUCCCCUUCCAUCUCCUGCAGUUCUGUCAGAGCCUCGGAGUGUCCCCGAUGGAGAAGCACUACAGAGCGAACUCCGAACUGAAGUUUCUGGAUUGAAAAGGAGAUCCAAAGACCCGAGUUGCCAUUACCCCCAGAAAAGGCUUACGAAAUCAGAAAGUUCUGAUUGUCUGCUUUCCCAAACAAGCUGCAGUAGUAAUUACCGUCAGGCGGGGACAUCCAAAAAGCCGCAGGCGGAGCGGUCCGUGUCUGUGCUUCCAGUCCCAAGCCGCGAGGCCUCCAGAGUCACAGCAAAGACCAGUUCGGGACAAAAAAGUGUCCAGGCGUCAAAACCGUCAAAGCAAAUGAAGGAAUCGCGAUCACAGAAACACACACGGAUGCUGAAGGAGGUGGUGGAGGAGACCUUGCGGAAGCACCACAUCACCGAGGCCCACGAGUGCUUCUCGGCAUGCAGCCAGAGACUCUUCGACAUCUCCAAGUUCUACCUAAAGGAUCUUAAAACCUCAAGGGGUCUCUUUGAAGAAAUGAAGAAAACUGCAAACAAGAAUGUGGUGCAGGUGAUCGAAUGGGUGUUAGAAAAGAUGAGCAAGAAAUAAGCGGUGACUUCUUCUGUUCCGUAGAAAACGGCACACAGCCUGAAAACUUUACUCAAAGAGUAGAUGCCACAUUUGUAAAGAGGACUCCCAGUGUCCUGUAUUUAUAUAGUUUUAGUGAUGCUCAAUUAAUGUAUUUUUAAUUAAUGUACUUAUUUUUACAGCUUCACGGUGUUUUUAUCUGUUAUUUUUAUACAUUUUAAAUGUUUUAACUCUUGGUUAUUUAAUGAUUCA